UCCAGACAUCACUGUCCUAGUAGGCCAAUGUAACCGGAAAAUAUAGCUACACUGCGGGUGAAGCGGAAAAAAAGAACUUGUCGAGAAGGAACGUUAACAUUUUAGUGCUGGUUUUGUGCAUAAAUUACUAAGUUUCCGAUCUUUGUAAAAUGUUAUACGUUACUAAGCGUGUGAGUUGAAAUAGCCGAAUAGUGGUUAUUUUAGUUUACCAUGAUUUCAUAACACCAGGGUGUUAGACUGGGCCUCCACGCGGGUGUUUUUUUUUGUUUUUUUAUCCCAAAGCUAGUUGCUAGCUAGUGAACAAUCGGCUAACAAAAGUUAUAUCAAAAUAUUGACCUGUUGUUAAAAGAUGUCAGGUUUUAAUUUCGGAUCUGGAACCACGAACACUGGCGGGGGGUUUUCGUUUGGAGGCACUGCCAGUACCCCAGCUGCAGCAGGUAUGGGUGGCUUUACUCUGGGUGGUUUGGGUGGUGCAGCCUCCACCACCACCACCUCUUCUCUGGGCCUGGGGGGGUCCCUGUUCGCACAGAAACCUACUGGGGGGUUCUCCUUUAACACUCCUGCCUCAGGUGCCCCAGCAGCCUCUACAGCCCCUACCACGGGCUUUAGUAUGGCCUUCAAUAAACCUUCUGCCUCGGCCCAACCAUUCUCCCUCACUGCUGCCUCCUCGGCCCCCUCAGGGGCAGGACUGACGCUAGGCUCCUUCCUCACCUCCACCGCUCCACAACAAGGAGCCACAGGAUUUGCUCUCAACCUAGGGGGUGUGGCCACGAGUACAGCCCCGUCCACAGGUCUAUCGUUGGGUUCCAGUAUGUUCUCUAACAUGACUCCUACUGGUUUAGCCCAGACCACUCUUGGUUCAGGGGGGUUGACGUUAGGUUCCCUAGUCUCUACCUCGACCGCGAUCUCAGCGGCCCCUAGCCUUGGACUGGGCGGAGUUGACUUCAGCACUUCCUCAGAGAAAAAGAGCGACAAAUCAUUAGGGGCCAGCCCACAGGACAGUAAAGCGUUGAAAGAUGAAAACUUGCCUCCAGUCAUCUGUCAGGAUGUAGACCAUUUCCAGAAGUUUGUGAAGGAGCAGAAGCAGUUUCACGAGGAGAUCAGCCGGAUGUCAUCUAAAGCCAUGCUGAAGGUUCAGGAUGACAUCAAGAGUCUCAAACAGCUGCUGUCUGUCAGCGCCUCAGGACUACAGAGAAACGCCCUGGCUAUAGGUCACCUGAAGAUGGAGGCUGCGCUGGAGUUGAAGAAUGCAGACAUAGCUCUACAGACUCAGAAGACCCCCUCUGGACUCCAACAUGAAAAUACAGCUCCCUAUGAUUAUUUCCGGUGUUUAGUGGAUCAGUUUGAGGUCCAGCUGCAGCAGUACAGACAGCAGAUAGAGGAGCUGGAGAAUCACCUCUCUACACAGGGCAGUGGAUCACACAUCACACCACAGGAUCUGUCUCUGGCCAUGCAGAAGUUGUACCAGACGUUUGUUUGUCUGGCUGCUCAGCUCCAGUCAGUACACGAGAACGUCAAGAUCCUGAAGCAGCAGUACCUGGGAUACCGCCGGGCCUUCCUGGAGGACUCCACUGAUGUUUUCGAGUCCAAGCGGGCGGCCAGUAAGAAGUGGAAGAGCGCCCCACGCAUCACAAUCGGUCCCGCCCCGUUCGGCAGUGUCCCUAACGCAGCAGCGGUCGCCAUGGCAGCCACGCUGAGCCAGCAGCAGCCCGGCCCAGGGAGACAGGCGCCCCUGGGGUCUGGCUUGGGAAACCCCUUUGCCUCAGGAGUGGGCUCUAGCAUGGGCUCAUCAGGCCUUGGAGUAUUUGGUGGGGGUCCAGGUUUCGGGGGGGUUGCGACGGGGGGCUCAUUUGGUUUCUCCUCCGCCAGCAAGGCCUCGGGAGGGAGCCUGAGCGCAGGUUUUGGUAGCAGCAGUAGUUCGGGGUUUAACUUCAGUAACCCCGGGCUCAACGCGUCUGCCGGCCUGACGUUUGGCGUGUCCAACCCUACCGCCACGGGCUUCGGCACGGGAGGUCCACUGCUACAGCUCAAGAAGCCCCCGGUGGGAAACAAGAGAGGCAAGAGAUAGUCUCUCCACCGGUGCUCUGAGGGGCAAAGGGAACAGUGGGGUAACAGUUAGGAUUUGGGGAAGGAAAGCUGAUCCUAGCUCUUAUGACUUCCAGAACUGUCCGCGUUUGUAUAAUGGGUUAAAUGGGUCGCAGUCCAUUUUAGAUGGAUUUGGGGAGGGUAGGUUUAUUUUAGAUCUGUGCCUAAGGGUGACUUCUAGAGCUGUCCAUGGGAGGUGGAGACGGGGGUAACAGUCUGUCCCAGAUCUCUAUUUUUAUAUCUGUCAUGAAGCAUGGGUGGAAGGAGCAGGAUGGGUGGAAGGAGCAGG